UGUGGAGUAUGUGGCAUUCUGUUUCCAGUGUAGUAAAACCCGUUUCCGAGGCACAACCAUCUGCUACACGAUCAACACUUUGAGCCGGAGCUCCACACGUCUCCCUUCGUGACCACUGACUACUAUCUCGUACUUUAAGAAGCAGACGCCAUGCCCAACUGGGGAGGAGGUAACAAGUGUUCAGCGUGCGGUGGGACGGUCUACCACGCCGAGGAGGUGCAGUGUGACGGGAAGAGUUUCCACAAGUGCUGCUUCCUCUGCAUGGUCUGCAGGAAGAGUCUAGACAGCACCACGCUGGCCAUCCAUGACCAGGAGAUCUACUGCAAGUCCUGCUACGGGAAGAAGUACGGGCCCAAGGGCUACGGCUACGGCCAGGGGGCCGGCACCCUCAACAUGGACCGGGGGGAGCGGCUGGGGAUCAAGCCGGAAGAGACUCAGACACACAGGCCCACCACCAACCCCAACCCGUCCAAAUUUGCCCAGAAGUUUGGGGGGACGGAGAAAUGCCCGCGCUGCGGAGACUCCGUCUACGCGGCGGAGAAGAUCAUGGGAGCAGGCAAGCCGUGGCACAAGAACUGCUUCCGCUGUGCCAAGUGUGGGAAGAGCCUGGAGUCCACCACGCAGACGGAGAAGGAUGGAGAGAUCUACUGUAAAGCGUGUUACGCCAAGAACUUUGGGCCCAAAGGGUUCGGUUACGGCCAAGGAGCCGGAGCUCUGGUGCACGCUCAGUGAAGCCGGGGCUCUGGUGCACGCUCAGUGAAGCCGGGGCGGGGCCCCCGCCAUCGCCAUGACGACCGCCAACGCCCACCACCACGCCCACCUACCAUCCCCUCACCAUGCUGGUUUUCCAUCAAACCCUCCCCUAAUGAAGUGCCUUCAUACGGAAGAGUAUUAGGGCCAGGCAGGAGGGAAAUAUUUUAGGGGAAGAUUUUUUUUUUCAUUAUGCACUUCAAAAAAAAAGUUGAGAUGGUGAGAAAAAAGUCAACAUUUCGAGAAUUAAGUCAACCUUCUGAGACUAUAACAAACUGUUUUUACAAAAUGCCUCGUAGGCCUAUAGACACUCCAAGGAUGUUAGUUAGUUAGUUACGGCUGCUGCUGCAGAGCUG